UGUGUGUGUGUGCGCACAUGUGUGUGUGUGUCGGAGGAAAAAAGAGGAAUACUCGUCCUUUCUAUUACAGCUCGAGAUCUCGUCACUUGAGACAGAAAACUUGAACGUGAUUGUUUCCAACCAUGGGAGGUUAUUAUGGGAUGUUGGUUCUGGUGGGUGUGACCUUGAGUCUGACAUCCAUCCAAUGUGACGUGAGCUGUGGAGGAACUAACGGACAACCAGGAGUUAACGGAGCCCCGGGUAGAGAUGGAUUACCUGGAGUGAAAGGAGAGAAAGGAGAGCCAGCUUUGAUGGCGGCCGGUCCAGAGGAUGCAGACGUCCUCCUGAGGCUAAAGGGGGAGGUUGGGAGUCGUGGUUCUCAAGGGGAUAUGGGUCCUAAAGGUUACAGUGGAAAUCUGGGAGCUGCUGGUUACCCUGGAAACGCUGGUCGCCCCGGGCCCAACGGAAGGAGCAUCGGCCAAGGACAACACUCCCAUCAGCAGACCCAUUCAGCAUUUUCAGUGAUGAGGACUGAAACCAGCUACCCUGCAUACAACCAGAUAGUAACCUAUCAGGAUACUGUGGUCAACAAUCCAGGUCACUUUAACCCAGCCAUGGGUGUGUUCACCUGCAGGAUACCUGGAGUUUAUUACUUCAACUUCCACUCUGCUGCAAAGGUCAGCGUCUGUCUGUAUAUCGCCAGUGACGCUCUGACAAACAAGCUUGGUUUCUGUGAUUACAACAAGAACUACGAUCAGGUUCUGUCGGGCGGUGUGGUCUUGGAGCUGACGGUCGGUCAGAAGGUUUGGCUCGAGUCGUUCAGGGACCAGCAGACUGCUACCGACUCCCGAGAUAACCGAGAAAAACAGAUCAUCUUCAACGGCUUCCUGCUCUUCUGAAACACAGAAUAAAGUUCAGAUGUACCCUCUGUAAUGUCACUGAGUCGGAGCUGAAACCUGAGACUGUAUCUGUUCAUGAUUUCUGUUUUAGAGACGUAUUUUCAUCACAACUCACCAUCACAGUAAAAUCACGUUUUAGAAUCAUUGCUUCUAACUCUGUUUUUUUUCACCUGCUUCCUUUUUAUUGACUACUGGAAAUUUUUCUUUACUUUAUCUGUGAAGGCCUUUAAAUAAAAAAAAUAGUACUUA